UACAUAUUUUGGUCGGUUGAAAUAAAUGGCGAUUACGAAAGAGAACAAAGUUUUUCCUAUAUUUUAAUUAAUUCACAGCGUUGAUGAGGCGUCAGGUGACGGGAUUAGGAAUGUUGUAUCCAUCCAGAUCGCGAUCUACAGCCCAUCCGUCGUGGCAACGUCGGAGAUGCACUAAAAGUGCCGCCAAAGUCGAUGGGGAAUAUGACCCGGAUUUGGCAUUAGCGAUUCAGGAGAGUCUCAAACAAGCAGAGAUAGACGCUUUAAAGGCAAGAGAACGACAGAAUGAGAGUGUUGCUAAAAUUCAAAAUAAUUGUCUUAAAGAAAAUCCCGGAAAAGCGAACAGAAAUGCAUCAACAGUCGUGGAACCAUCAAGUGAAACGAAUCAGUUGAAGGAUUUGGUUUGCGCUCAUAUGGAUUUAAUUCAGCAACAGCAAGAUGUUUUAAACCAAAAGGAUAGAACAAUCAAAAGCUUAAGAACUGAAAACAAUGCGUUGCAAUGCCGGCUACAGCGUAUGGAGCGGCGUAUGGCAUUGUUGAAGCAGAAGGAGGACAUGUCUGGUUCCCCUCACAUUGUCAACUCGCCUCCACCAAAGCCAGGAACCAUGAGCUUUACAGAACCCCUUGUUAUGCCAAUGGAGAAAACAGUUCAUAAGAAGAAAUCAGAUUUAUCAUCUGUCUCUAAAAGAACUCCAGUCGCAGACCUAACACGACCAGUCCUGCAUAAAUCCUACCAUGCCUGUGUUGACAUUAGUAAAACUAAAAAUAGAGAUUCAGAUAGAAAACGCAAGCUUGGUUCAUCAGCAACUACAACCUCUGAGGGAGACAACAACACUUUAGAGACAAAUAAUGCAUACUUUGUUACUUAUUAUGAACCACUGGCUGAAGAAGUGGAUACCGACCUAGGAAAAGAUCUGAUAAGCGGUGCUAAUGCUCAGAAAGAGGUUGAGGUUCCAACCUUUAGAAUAAAAACUUACACCAACCUAUAUGUGAUAGAGGGAACUGAGGAUCAUGAAGAUGAAACAUUCAUGCAGAGACACCAUAAACCAGAGUUAGAAGAGAAGAGAAGGAAACGAUGGGACGACCAGCGUCACCGGGAAGAGAUGAUGUACGCUCGUCUCCGUGAGAGACAGGAACAGAGAAACAAGAAGGCAAAACUUGAGGACCCUGUGGAGGCUUUCACUCCGUGUCUCGAUGACAUCUCCCAUAUUGAAGUAUUGGACAAGAUCCCAGUUACAGCGUUUGGUCAACCCAUCCCAUUUGCUAAAGAAGAGUCUUUCUCUCUACCCUGGACUCCUAAACCAUCGUCCUCAACCAGACUUAGGCAGAAAUAAAAUUUCAUUACACCCUAGUCACAUCAUCUGUAUGACAUCAACAUUGUGGCAUCAAUGAUAUCAUCAAAGAUGACAUACGUAACCAUUGGUGUGAUAUCAGUAUGGCAUCCUCAGUCAACAUUUCAUCAACAAUGAAUUCAGUAAUAUGCUAUCAUUGGUGUGACAUCAAUGACAUUAUAAGUGACAUCAAGAGUAUAGCAUUAAUUGAAGAAUACCCAUUGUGGCGAUUAAUGUGGGCAUCAUAUCUCUUCAUGUAUGGUGUCUUAUCUUUAGAAAAUAUUUGAUGUUUUCAUUGACCAUAGGAGUUUGGGAAAUAUUUUCAUCCUUUCCUUGUGUUUCUUAUAAAUAACUGAACAUAUUGUGGCAUUAUUAGAUUUAAACAUGGUCCAGUCUUAUUAUUUUCUGUUUUGAUAUUACACUUUCUCUGUAAGUUACAGUUUCUCAUUUGGAAUAUAUUCUUUUUUUAACAAUAUUUGUAAGUUAAUAAGCUCUCUUAAGAUUUAAUGCUUAUAACAAGUACAUAUUUGAUGAAUAUACGUAGAAGGCGUUCGCAUAUUGUGAUAAACCUAUUUCAAGUGUUUUCAGAUUUUUACAAAAUAAUCAAUACCUAUAUUUUUGUGUCAGAUAAUGAAUUCUGCUAUGAUUGCUCACUCAUAUUUCUGUCAAGUUUUUGCUUGAUUUUGUUUUGAAUUUGUCGAGAUAUUACUAAUUGUGUCAUAUCACAGAAAUUUUGUCCCAAAGGCAAUUAUAACCAAAUGAGUUCAGUUAUAGUAUCACAUAAUAUUAUAGCUGUUAUCGAAUUUUGACUCUUGGAUGAACAAGCCUAGGUUUUAAUGCUCGUGGUUGCCAUCAAACAACCCCUGCUAUAUUUAGCAGGAUUUUAACAGUGCUGUGUUUGCAGGUUCUAAUUUUGACAGUCGACCAUUGUUCAACUUCAAUAUAUUCUGUUGACCUUUGAAACAAUUUUCCAAAGCAGGUUUCUAACAUUGUGUCAAAACUUCUGUGAGUGACAUUUAUAAUUGUUAUACAUGUUAAUGUACCUGUGGAGUGUUCACUGCUGUGUUCUUUCUAUGUCAACUUUCAUACUAAUUCAGUUCAGACAUGGAAUUACAUGUACUUUAGCGAUGCUAAUAAAAAGGUUAAGCAUAUAUGAAGACUACACAGAAUUGAGGGCUAAGCCAGGUUUUUAAAAGAACAGGGUGCUGCAGAAGAGGGACAGGGUGCUGCAGAAGAGGGACAGGGUGCUAAGGGAGAAAAGGGUCACUAUUUUACCGAGACGUUAAACAAUUUAACAUUAUGAAUUUUACAAACAAUGUUCUGUAUUGCAUUAAAUUGUAGUUAUUUUAUUAGGUUCCAGCAGCCAAAUUUGUCUGUAUUUGAUAAUUUUAUAUAAUUAGCAAUUAUUAAUCAGAACAAAACAAUAUUUGACAUACUUAAGUGUUUAAUUCUAUGAAGGCUGAAAUUGUUUUACUUCUAUGAAGGCCGGACAGUGACUAUGCUGGUCUUUUAUGCUGAAUGUUGUCCAUGGGCAGAAGGGUGCUCCCUAUUAGGGGAUGGCUACAGCACCGUUUCAUCACUCUGUAGCUUACACUCUAGUAUUUGUUUUAGAGUUUUUGUUUAUAAGAUUCAAUACUUGUGAAAUAUCAAUGUUUCCAUCUAAUAAUACAUUAGGCAUUACUGACAGACCUAACAUGUAAUAUAGGAUAUUUGUAUGCAUACAUAGUGAGGGCGAUGUAACAGUUUCAGAAAUUCGUCUGAUUUUUAGGGCCAUCUUAGUUUUAUACAUGUUAUAUAGGGUUUAGCAAGGUUUAAAUAAGGAUGUAGAACUAAAUAUAAGAUUUAUGUUUACAGUUAAGAAAAUAAUAAAUUGCAUAACUUUAAUAUACAAGCACUGUGCUUUGUGAAGUUAACUUGAUAGUUUAUAGAUGUUUAGAACGCUAUCUUAUCACCAGUAUCUCUUGUGUGAAGGAUGCCAUGUAACUGUUGCAGUUAAUGUAGCUAACUAUUGUAUACAUGUAUUACCUCCCGUUCUGUUGCUAAGGGUCAUAUAUGUUAUACCCUGGCUUAAAACUCAAAAGAGUUAAAAUGGUUUCAAUUUGAAGCUUUAUCUACAGACAUAUGCCAGUAUUUGUACUGUGUACUGAUGUUGGUCAUGAAUUUGCUCAAGAAAUAAUUUACAGUUUUUUCUAGUGCUUUAGUUAUAGUAUUAGUUCAUUUUUUGUAACACAAAUCACUGCUGCUGUUUGUUUACUAUUCAUAUUUUUUAACUGAUAAUUUUUCGCCUUUAUCCCACAUUUUAGGAUCUUUAAUAUCAUUACUUUAGUACUUAAGGCUUUUAUUAUGAAGGCAUAUAUUAGUUGUAUUCUGACUAAAUGUGUAAUAGUGAUCCACAUGCAGACAGUUGUAUAAAAAUGGAAAAUAUAUCAGCAUGUUUAUCUUUUGUCUAUUUUGCACAUAAAGCAGUUUGAUUGGUAAACUAAUAUUAUUGGAUUAAUUUAGACAAAGGCUAAAUUAACUAAACCAAAGAAUUAACCUGUUUUAUACCAUUUGGUGCAGGCAGAAAAUAUUUCACUUUCGAUUAAGAAGAUAUUGAAACAUGUUCAUAAAUUACAUGUUAUUAUCAUGGAAUCAUUUUACAAGAGUUAUUUAAACAGAAAAUGUUUGUACCUAGUAUAAAACAAUGUAUUUAUCCAUUUUAGUAGUUUAUCAAACUGGGUUUCUUGAUUAUAUUCAUCUCUGAAGUAAACUUAAGAGCGGGGGGAGAGAGAGCACACUAUUUGAUCAUGUAUGAGGAGAGAGCACUCUAUUUGUUCAUGUAUGGGGAGAGAACACUCUAUUUGUACAUGUAUGAGAGAACAUUCUAUUUCUACAUGUAUGGGGAGAGAGCACUCUAUUUGUACAUGUAUGAAGAGAGAGCACUCUAUUUGUUCAUGUAUGGGGGGGAAGCACUCUAUUUGUACAUGUAUGAGGAGAGAGCACUCUAUUUUUUAUGUAUGGGGAGAGAGCACUCUAUUUCUAAAUGUAUGGGGGAGAUAGCACUCAAUUUGUACAUGUAUUGGAGAGAGAGCACUCUAUUUGUUCAUGUAUGGGGAGAGAGCACUCUAUUUCUACAUGUUUGGGGAGAGAGCACUCUAUUUGUAUGUGUAUGAGGAGAGAGCACUCUAUUUGUACAUGUAUUGGGUAGAGAGUACUCUAUUUGUACAUGUAUGGGGGAGAGAGCUCUCUUAUUUCCACAUGUAUGGGGAGAGAGCAUUCUGUUUGUACAUGUAUGGAGUAGAGAGCACUCUAUUUUUACAUAUAGUUUUCUCUUUGUAGCUUUCUUCAUGUGUUUCUUUACUGUCUUACAUGUACACUGAUUUCCCUGUUGUUGUUGUUGUUUAUAGACUAUGAAUAUGUUUCCCUUCGUCACUGAUUUAUCAUUUAAAUGUUGACCAUUUUCUUCAUUAUUUCAUGAUGUUUUUUAUUGUGACCUUUGAAUGUAUAUGAUGGUAUUUUGUUCUUGCGAAGGAAUAAAACGUUGUUAACUGUU